AUGGGUUUCAGCCACGAUGACCAGGUGAGUCAAGCGCGCAAGAUCCUGGGUGAAUACAAAGAGGAAUGCCUUUGCGAGCCCUACCUUGCAAUGCAAGAAGCGUUGUACCGCGCUUGGCAUUGGUUGCUUGAUUUGAGGAACCAUGUGGGAAUGCCAUCUUUCGUUGGAAUGGGGUUCACGUCGUUCGUUGGCGCGAUCAAGACCUCGUUUGUUUCAUUUGGGGCUGUCAAGAACACCCACAACGUCGGGGUUGCGAUCUUUUCAGCGCUUUUUGAGUUUGGAGCGUGGACUAUGGUCAUGUUGAAACGUUGUGGACUUUCCUUUUGGACUUGGCUUAGACAUGUCAACACGGCUACCGCUGGGACUGUCGCUAUAGCUGUUGUGGCUACGUCUUACGCUGCCAAGUUGACUUUCUACGGGAUAGACUACUCCGUGCAGGGCGUUGGGUUUUGCGACAACCAGGACUUGAUUGAGUUUCCGCGCGGCCAACGCGCCCAGCUUCGGUAUUUGCCGUGCUCAGGGAAUUUGAGCGGUGCGGCUUCGAAAGUUCCCGAGAAAAUUGUCACUUUCUGGACGGCAAUUGAUGGCUGUAUCAUCCCCAUUGGCAUGGGUUAUGCAGUUUCUGGAGGAGUCUUGAUUUGCAAGCACCAAGUCAGGGGGGGGAAGUCCAUGACUGAGCUAGCUGCGGCUGGUUUUCCUCUCUACGCAGCGAAGGCUGCGCUGCAAGUUUCAGGAGUUGAGCAGCUCCUGGAGUUUAAGUUGGGAGAUGUAGUAGCGCCAACUGCUCGGAAGCCGGAGCACGCAAUUUCUCGCGACUUCGCUUUUAUGCAGUCCGAUCUCCCUGCGAGGCUUGGGAUGAAGACCCGGAGCCUUCAGUUUAGCUUCCGUUGCGACGCGACGUUUGAAACGUAUCAUUACCGGUACGAUGAUGAUAAGAUGUUGUUCGUUUUGAUACGCAAUGUCGGAUCGCUUUGCGACCAGAUGGAGGGCGUGCGUGGAGUGUACACUCAUGGCAUUGACACGCGACCUGGGGAUUCAGGUUCAGUCCUGUUGACGGUUGGCACUGGCGAAAUUCUCGGUAUGAGAUGCGGGAUUAUCGCCGAUGAGGAAGAGAACAUUAAGGAAAGAUUGGCCAUUGGGUCCAAGCAGAUUUAUUCGCACAUGCGGGAAGCCCGUAUGAUUGCGGGUAAGAAGGGCGGGAUUCUCGAAACGUGCUUGCUUCCACAGGCGGGCGUAGAGAUCUACGCGCCUUGUGCUAAGGACCCUCGCCCCCACCGCAAACAAUGUGGAGGAGACUGGGGCUCGUCGACCGUUGAUUCUGAAGAACACCAGGAUGAUUUUGAUCCCGAUGACUUCGAUCAGCCAGAUGAUUAUGACGAGGAUGAUCGCAUGUACGAGGGCCGGGAUGCGUUCGACGAAGUCCAUGUCAACGUGGACGAGGUGCUUGACCCGGAGCAGGGCAACGGGCUAGAAGACGCCGACGAAGAAACUCCUCCGUCGCGCAAGACGCACCUCGAAGACUUAGAUGCAUCGAUCAGCCCGCACACCCGGCGCCUCCUGAAGAAGGUCCGCGAGCAGACAACACUGCAGAAGCAGAAGAGCCUUGAGAUCCCGAGAUCGGAGGGCUUGUGGAAGAGGACCCAGCACGCCUGCAAGAAGUUGAUCAAGAAGGACUGGUUCGAGUGCAUGAUCUCCUUCGUUAUCGUCGCCAACUCUGCGAUCAUCGGCGUCGACAGCCACCUGUCUCUCCCGAGCACGGGGGAGACGACCAAGGGGCCUGGUCUGGCCUGGGCGUCGGAGGCGGAGAUCUUCUUCCUGGUCUUCUAUUCCUUGGAGUUGGCCAUCCGCGCCAUUGCCCUUCAGUCCAAGUGCAUCCGUGAUGGCUGGUUCAUCUUCGACGCGAUCCUGGUGACGAGCGCCUACAUUGAGCAGCUCUUGUCCCUCUUUUCUGUGCAAUCCGAGCAGCAGAUCAUGAUUCUCCGGCUGCUGCGCUUGAUUCGCUUGGUCCGAACCUUCCGGAUGAUUCGGCAGAUCAAGUCAAUCUGGCGGUUGCUGUACGGCCUCCUCACUUGCGGAGAACUGCUUAUCUCAACUCUUGCCUUGCUCGGGAUGGUGAUCUAUGUUUUUGCUGUUCUCGGCCUAGAGACCAUCGCCUCCAAUCAAGAGAUGCGGGAAGAUGACAACAUCCAACGCCUCCUGGAUGAGCGCUUCAGCUCCCUCGGCGUGACGAUGAUGACCCUGACACAGUUCGUGACCUUGGACUCGCUGUCAAGCCUCUACCUUCCGCUCAUCAAGAAGAACGCGUGGCUGAUGUUCUACUUCCUCGGCUUGAUCAUUAUCGUCUCAAUUGCCUUGAUGAAUUUGGUGACGGCGGUUCUCGUGGAGGGCGCAUUAGAACAUGCACGGCAGGACAUCUUCGACAAUUCUCGUUGA